AUGGCACCUUACGAGGCUCUGUAUGGUCCUAAGUGUUGUACCCUUUUGUGUUGGAUUGAGUUGGGUGAGCGAGGAGUUUUGGGUCUUGAGUUGGUUUCUGAGAUUGAGGACAAUGUUAGACUGAUUCGGGAUCAUCUAAAGGUAGCUUCUAGUAGACAGAAGUCUUAUUUGGAUCCGAAGAAGAGAGAUAUCGAGUAUUCUAUGGGUGACCAAGUCUUUUUUAAGGUAUCUCCAUCGAAGAUUGUCCUCCGGUUUGGAUGUAAGGGCAAGUUGAGCCCUAGGUUCAUUGAAACGUAUCGAAUUCUAAAAUGUGUUAGGCUUAUUGCCUAUCAGUUAAAGAUACCUCCAGAGUUGGACUGUAUUCAUGAUGUGUUCCACAUCUCUAUGUUGAGGCAGUACCGGUCUAACCCAUCUCAUAUUGUUUCUAUUGAGGAGAUUGAGGUAAGACCGAACUUGACCUUUGAGGAUGACCCAGUUCAGAUUCUAGAUUGA